UUCCUUUUCCCUUACCUCUGCAAACCCUAAAAUUUGAAGCUUAGCAUCUCUAUCAAGAUCUGGAUGCCCUAAUCAAGAUCAAGAACAAGAUCGACUUGACUCUUGCUUUUCGUCGAUCUUGCCAAGAAGGAAUUUGUGGCUCCUGUGCGAUGAACAUCGAUGGCCUUGCGUGUCUCACUAAGAUACCAUCCAAGCCAGAGUCGACGAUUACACCGUUACCCCACAUGUUUGUAAUUAAGGAUCUUGUGGUGGACAUGACCAACUUCUACAACCACUAUAAGAAAAUCAAGCCGUGGCUCAAGAGAAAGAAUCCGCCACCAGUCGUUGGGAAGGAGAUUCUUCAGAGCAAGAAAGAUAGAGCGAAGUUGGAUGGGAUGUACGAGUGCAUCCACAACUUUCCUUUCUCAUCCUUCUUCUUUCUUCUUUUUAUUCUUUCUCUCUCUCUUCUCCCUUCUUCCUCCUCUCUAAAUCUGGGUUUUUCUCAAACCCAGAUCUGCCUGCCAUUUCCUAUAAUUCUCGUUUCCUUCAUCGCUUUAGGAAGGGCGUUAUUUGUUGAUGGUCAUCUAAGUUCAUUCAUUUACGGUAACAAGAAACGGAUUUCAAUUUUUUCCACAGGCCAAAGCCAGAUUUUUCUUUUUGUUAUGGAAAAAGCUAAUUUCUGUAUCCCUAAGUACUUGAUUUCAUAUGAUUGUGGAAUGAAAAUGCACGUUUAUUUUCAUCACAGAGUUUGUACUAGGGCAAAGGUUCCCCAGGUAUGCUUUGAGAUCCCAGUACUAGGGCAAAGGGAUUGCAAUGUAGGCUAUGAAAUUGGUAAUCGUAAGCAUAUUCAAGGACUGGCCCCAUCUAGAGAAGCUUGAGGCACUGGUGGAUGUGGAGAAUAUUGGGUUGCAGAGGGUGUUGGAAAAGGCUAGGUUUACAAGUGAAGGGGUUUUGAGGAAGUAUUAUAUGCUCAAGUGAAGAACAAGAGAACCCAGAUCUGGAGAGGAAGAAGAAGGAAGAAGAGAGAGUGAAAAAAUAAGAAGAAGAAAGA